UAAUUAUGUUUAUUUUGUUGCCAUGACAACAAUGACAUAAAUUAUAAGGCAACAUCCUUGACAAUUAGUAACCAAAGUGUUUAUUUUUUUUCUUUUAAAAAUUUUCAUGCGUUUCCAUGGAAAUUUUAAAAAAUCCCCCCAGUCCCCCAUGGAAACCCUCUCAAAAAAAUUCAAUUACAAUAAAAUCAAUUACAAAACCCACAAACAUAAAAUUAAAUCUAAAUGACAACUGCCAAUUAAAAAAACAAUAGCAUAAUAAAAAAAAUUGCGUAACCAUGACGUAGUAAAUAAAAGAAUAAAACAAUAUUUUUCAGUCCAGGAUCCAUAUUUUAGGAAUAAUCACCAUGGUUUUUGUUAUUUUAUUAAUUUUAGUUUCCAUAGCAACCGUUGGAUCUGGGGCUGGAGUUUUAAAUGCCAUCACGGGUGGGGCCAAGAUCGUGGGGAUGGACGCCCUCGUCAACCACACGGUGCGAUUGAAGAAGGUUCUAAAAGAUACGACGCUGGUCACGGAGACGGAUUGCAUUGAGACAAUGUUCAUGUCGCCGUUUCAUCACCCCGUGACCUUCACGGCCAAUUCUUCCAUUGGGGACAGGCAGGACCCGACCUGUGUUUGGAAUUUCGUGGGCACGGAACCCUGCCUGCCCCUCAUCACCUGCCCGACGUUCACGGUCCCCUGCGCGACCUCUUCCUUGACAAUCACGGACGGUGUCUAUGGUUACGAAUCUUUCUGUGGUGAUAACAAACCCAAUCAAAUCCAAGCUUCCAACGAUUUACGAGAUUUAUACGUCACGUUAAAUGGAAGCAAAUCGGUGAAUUUGGAGUGUAACGUCGUCUGCGGGCGGAGGGGGCAAAAAGGGGGCGUGGUUUUAGGGAAGAAAAUGGAGCCGAAAGUCAAUGCCAAUUGUCGCUGCGGGAUGAAGGCGAACGACAACCGGAUCGUGGGUGGGGAGGACGCGAUUAAGAACGAGUUUCCGUGGCUGGUCGCCUUGGUGGAGGCCGGAACGAGGCAGCCGUUCUGCGGGGGGAGCAUCAUCAAUGAUCGAUUUAUUCUCACGGCGGGCCACUGUUUCAAGGGCCGUUUCCUGGACAUCAAAAACAUUGAGAUAAUCGUGAACGGCCACAUCCUCGACUCGACUCCGAACUUGGGCGUCCUCAAAGUCAAACCGCCCCCGAAGAAAUACACGGAUUUGGCGGAAUUAGCGAGGAUCGAUGCGGCGAAUGGGUCGAGCAGGUUCGCGGCAGAGGAGGUCUUCGUCCAUCCUCUUUACGUUUCGGAAACCAACGACUUCGACGUGGCGACGAUCCUUCUGGACCGCCCCAUCGAUUUCAAGGCGAUCGGAAAGGCGGGGCCGAUUUGCCUGCCGGAGCUGCCGCUGAGCUACAUGCGAACCUUUGGCAAAAGACACGCCACGAUCGCGGGAUGGGGGCUGCAGGGCUUGGAAAAAGAGGGGACCCCAACGAUCCUCCAAAAACUCGUUGUGAACGUGUUCCUCCCCUCGGAAUGCAAAUCCCUGUACGCGCACCGCGUGAACCGGCGCAUGCUCUGCGGCGGUUUCAAGGAAGGCGGGAAGGACUCCUGCGCGGGGGACUCGGGAGGUCCAUUGGUGAUGGAGGACAAGGACAAGGUUUGGUACCAGAUCGGCUCCGUGAGCUGGGGGGAUGGGUGCGCCAAGGAGGCGAAUCCUGGGGUUUACUUCAGGACGACAGAGUCCGGGCAGUGGCUGAGGCACACGGCGAAUAGGAAUGGGGCCGUGUGGUGCGAUGUUCCGGAGUAGUUGGGAAUAAAGUGUUUUGUAUUUUGUGGAAUUUUGUGAGGGUGUGUGAAUUUUUGGCAUGGAAUUGGCACAAAUUUGGCAUGCCAAAAAAUUAGCAUUUAAAUUGGCAGAGAAAAUGGCACGGAAAUUGGCGUGCUAAAAAUUUGCACACUAUUUAGCACAAAAAUUGGCACGUGCCAAAAAAUUAGCACUAAAAUUGCCAAAAAAAACACAUAAAAAUCUACCCUAUCAACUAAACAAAUUCCCAAAAAUUACCCUACUAAAUAACCAUGACAACAAAAUCAUAACAUAGGAUAAAAAAUAUAUAAUACACAAAAAAUCAUUUUUUUUAUUUCAAUUUAAAUUUUUUUAAUAAAAAAAACCACAAAAUUUCCAUGACAACCGAAUUAUACACACACGACGACAUAUUUUUUGAAAAGAAUUUUGUUAUAUAUACUCAAAAUCACCAUGACAACCAGACACGUUCUUCUUUCUCUUCUUCUUU